CACACACACACACACACACACACACACACACACACACACACACACAGAGAGAGAGAGAGAGUGCGAUGGCUGAGUUUUUUCGAAGCAAAAUAAACUGAAGCAAACCGUCUGCGUUAGAACACAAGCUGAGGAUCAGAACUAACCAACAGCUGUAGGUUCUGAUGAUGACGAUCCAGUCAGCGAUUAGCAGAGACAUCUUCACUCCACACCACGAGAAGCUAUUAACAGUGAUUGAAGUGAGGAAGAGGAGGAGAAGAAGACUGAACUUCAUCCCAGCAGGGCGUAAGGGGGAUUACAUCACCUUCCUGUGUCUGUCAGUGACGAAUAGAAAGCCGACUCAAGUUUUUAUCACCAAAGUGAAGCAGUUUGAAUUUUCUCCACAAUUUGAGAAACGUUCUCACUGGAGUCUGGAUCAGCUGCGCCGCGUCGACGGCAUCGACCCCGACAAGGACAGUCCCGAGUUUGACCUGGUGUUUGAUCACAGAUCUGAUCAGUGGGUCGCUGCGUCUUCAGCUGAGAAAUGUAUGUUCAUUCAGAUCCUCUAUCAUCUCUGCCAACAUUACUGGAGGAAACAGAUUGACCUGAGUGUCACAGCGCCCCCUGUGGGUCAGAAACCCACCACCCCUACUUCCACCUCCACCACCACCCCUCCCUCCACCGCCACCACCACCCCUGCCUCCACCUCCAACGAACAAACACCUGGUCUGAAGAAAAAGCAGAAGAAAGGGCGUGAUGCGCCACGUCCCACCGAAUUCGUUAACUGCCAGUCCAAAUUACUGGGAGAUGCCUGCUCACUAAACAUCGUCAUCUACCGCUGUAAGAUCUUCCUGCACAGGAUGAGGAACUCCAUGACCUCUGCUCAAGAACCAAGUCACAGUCAGAAAGCUUCUCCUGUGAAAGUGCGCGUGGCUAGCUCGUCCCCUCCGGCACAGAGCAUCAUGGGAACAGUGGGUCGCAGGGCGAGUCAGGUGUUCAGCGUUGAUGUUAAACAUCUCACUGAAAACACGCAGAAGUUUGCCCUGAAGCAUCGGGAUUAAAUGAAUCACUCCAUCAUCUCCUCUGUGCAUGCUUAAUGCAGUGCCUUUAUUACACACACACACACACACACACACACACACACACACACACACACACACACACACACACACACACACACACACUUUACAGAAGCUUAGAAUAAUGCUUUUUUUCUCUGAACGCUUUGUAAUAAUCUCAGUGUGACGUGUGUUUGAGCCGCUAGAGGGCGAUGCUGAGUUCUGAAAACACUGAGGUUCACUUUGUAAAACGUCUUAAAAGCAUUUUAUGUAUUUUUAUUUUUUUAUGUUAAACAGUAACAUGACUGGACUAAUGUUACAAACUUAGACAUGCAUAUAAAUGCUACCAACACGUUUAAUAAUAUAAUACACUCUGCAGACACACAGGAGAUCAUAACUCACUUUUUUGAGGAAAUGAUUUUAUUCUGGUCAUAUUAUUAUUAAUUUACAGCAUUUUACACAACUGAUUAAUUUACACUCAGAAAAAAACACUUCAGUAUUGUUAUUUAGAGGAAAUCAAACCUGUAGUUUAAAUUUAAUACACUGUUGAGGUAUAUAACUGGACAUUAUGGAUCGAUGGUAUACCUAUGAAGAACUGUUUAAACCGAUCUUUAUUCUGAUGAAAUAAGAAAGGCGACACUACCACCACCAUGACACUACCACCACCAUGACACUACCACCACCAUGACACUACCACCACCAUGACACUACCACCACCAUGACACUACCACCAUGACACUACCACCACCAUGACACUACCACUACUAUACAUUUUUUAAAACACACAUAUUUAUUUAUUUAUGUAUCGCUAUUUAAAAUCCUCUGUAGUGAAGAACAGGACUCAUUCACUCCUGAUAAAGUUCUCCACAUCCUUCCUCAACAGUACCACGUUUCACAGGAGGAUUAUAAGUGUACAAUAAUCUCUGUGUGUUAAUUAUUUAAGAGAAAUGAAUGAUUAAUGUAGAAUUUUGUUUAAUUGGUCUUGAGUCAGGUAUUAAUAAUAAAUAAUACGCUAAUGACUUUAGUCUACACUGUGGGUUUUAUGGUUUAUUAAGCAGCACAGGUUUGUAAAGGAGAAAGAACCAGAGACAGAGUGUGUGUGUGUGCAUGAAUCACACGUGUAUGACUGAGUGUGUGUUGUAUAAAUGUAAUAAUUUAAAAGUCUUUGGUUUGUAAUUGUUGUCUUUUGUCUUUUGUCCUUUACUGUCUUGUCAGUUUCAUGCCAAUUAAGUGUCUCAUUUUUAUACAUUAAAUUGAGUUUGACCCA